GUCGGCAUAAAUGUGAGGUUAUGUGCACAGUGCACUCAACAAAACAGAAUCCUCAGUUAACAAAACAUUGCGAUUAUCCCUAAAAUCCUGAAAAUGGAUGAAAUGGAAAUCAAUAGACUGAUGAAUCAGAGUGUGGAGAAAAGUGAAGACGGGAAGUUGUUCUGUCAAAUUGCUGAAUGUUCUUACGCUGAAAAGAAAUACUUCCAGAAGAGAAAGCAUCUGAAACAGCAUCUCUUGAAAGUCCAUGCUGUGAAAAAAUUCAAGUGUGUAUGCAGUAGGGCAUUUUCCACAAAAAACUUCCUCCUGGCCCAUGAGAGGCAGUGCGGGAAGGAGUUCAAGUGCUAUGAAUGUGACUGGCGGUUCAAUUCGAGGGAAGCUCUGCUCACGCAUGCACGGAGGAAGAAUCAUAAAUUUGAGUUUGAGAAUAAAAUAGUUCCGGCGACCUUGUUCAAGAUAAAAAUUUUGCCCAAGAAAUCCCCAAAGAAAACUUCUGACCAAGUUCAUCAAUCAGUUCAGACAGCUAAGAAUUAUCCCAAAAAGAGGAAAUUGACUCAAACGACUCAAACAACUAGAAAGGAAGCGAAAGGGACAAAAACAACUGCUACAGAGACUCAGACUCCAGUCGAAAAUUCUAGAGUUACUAACAAUUCAUCCCAGACCACAAAAACUCCCUCCAUGGUGGACUUUUUCGAUGACAGUCUGAGUAUUUUUCCUGGGAACUUCGAUGGGAGCCUUUGCAGCACGGAAACCCAGACGGAAGGAAGAAUUCUCAAUACUCACCGUACUUCCAGAUUGGAUCCUCUGCUCUACAGUCACAUGUACACUCAGACCUGCGACGAAAUGCUAUCAGAGCUGGGCCUCUCGGACGUCCAGACGCAAACCACGUGGCCACCGCCGGAUUUACAAGACUUUCUCGUGUCCACGGAGACACAAACGAGCUUCACUCAGUGCCUGGAAGAAGAGAUGGCCUCAUUUACAACAACACACACGCAGACAUGAUUCACAGAGUUGCUCCGUUGAGCAAAACAUCUAAUCAACUGAUAAAUCUCAUUGCGUGAAUUGCCAUCAACAAAUCGCGUGGUUUCCCAAAAAAAUCACCAACUGUGAAAACACUUCGCAGAAUGCUCAAAAAUUUGCAGGCUGGAUCCUCUGAGAAGAAUUUGAGAUCUUGAAAAAAAUCUCACGAAGAGUUCGAGCAUUCCGCAAAGUCUAUUCCGUAGCGUCACUUUUUUUUGUGUUUUCUUUAUAAAUCACCUCAUUAUUGACCUGAGUUAAAUUCUAGAGAUAGUGUAAUAUAAUUGAAUUUCUAAUAAAAUACGAUUUAUUACCGGU